UUUAAUGUAGGACAGGAAAUAUGAAAAGAGCCGGGCAGAACCCAAACAGCCCCGCUGGCCAGGCCGAGCAGCAGGGAGCAAACCAAAGGCUUUGCUUGGCUUAUCCAUCCACCCACCCGUGAUUUUCCAGGGCUUUGGAAGCUGCAGCUCCUCCGCUAACAGGUUUUUAAAGGGUCACACUGCUGCUUCCCUGAGGAGCAGCUCUGCGGAAGGUUUUUUGUUCCUUCCUUCUCUCCCGUGCUGUAUUUCCUGACUCCACAGUGGGAUGGGUCGGUUGCAAAAGAUUCUCAUUCCCUUUCUGGGAUUGGUUUUGGCCUUCUGGUUCUAUUCUGCGAGGGACACUUUCAAACCGGAGAUGCUCCGCGGGAAGCGGGUGAUCGUGACGGGAGCCAGCACGGGCAUCGGGGAGCAGAUGGCUUAUCACCUGGCCCGGAUGGGAUCCCACAUCCUCGUCACGGCGCGCACCGAGGCCAGGCUGCAGAACGUGGUGCGGCGCUGCCUGGAGCUGGGAGCAGCCUCGGCGCGCUUCGUCAGCGGCACCAUGGAGGACACGGCCUUCGCCCAGCACGUGGUGAGGGAGGCCCAGACCUCGCUGGGAGGCCUUGACAUGCUGAUUCUUAACCACGUCGGUGCCUCCUACUUUGGCUUUUUUGAUGGGGACGUUGAGCACGUACGAAAGCUCCUGGAAAUCAACUUCCUCAGCUACGUGGCCAUGACCACAUCAGCCCUGCCCAUGCUGAAGGAGAGCGAGGGCAGCAUCGUGGUGGUUUCAUCCAUGGCAGGUAAAGUCGGGUUCCCCUUUACCGUCCCCUACUCUGCGACUAAGUUUGCCCUGGAUGGAUUUUUCAGCUCCCUGAGGCAGGAGUUCACCAUUCAGAGCAUUAAUGUUUCCAUCACGCUCUGCAUCCUCGGCUUCAUCGACACGGAGCGCGCAGUGCGCGCUGCCGCGGAGGUGCUGCAGGAGCGGCCGGCGCCGCGGGACGAGUGCGCGCUGGAGAUCCUCAAGGGCGCAGCGCUGCGCCGGAGGGAGCUCUACUACCGCUACAGCUCCACGCGGCUGCCGCUGCUGCUGCGGGACUGCGCCGCCGAGCUCCUCGAUUACCUGGUGCGGAGCCGCUACCGCCUGCCCGCGGCCCCCGGCGCCCCCCGCCCGCCGCACUGAGCCCCGGCCCCCGGAGGGUCCCCGGCCCCCGGGAGGGUCCUCGGCCACCGGGAAGGUCCUCGUCCAGCCCCGUUCCCGGCCGCCAUCGCCACCGCCCGGUUCGUGAUGCGCUGGCGGCACCCGCAGGGACAGAGCGGGGCUCGCAGCGGCGGCUCCGUGCCCUGCUCGCCCCGCCCGGCCGCGGAACAAUAAUUAUUGAGCUAAUUAUUAAAUAAAGUGUA